GCGCACACCAAGACCAGUUCAGAGCAGCCAGAACAUCGUUCGCGCAGGGAAGACGGAGCUCCAGCUGGAACAUCCAGGGUCCAGCCACUUCCCUCUGUGGGUUUUGAGCCGACAUCAAAUCUGUCCUGGUGCUUGAAUAACCCCAAUACCAAAAUAUGGAGGGGGCCGUGGUGGACAACCUCAUAGACUUCGACUCGCCACCAGAAGGAACAGUGACCUCUGAUCUUGGUCCUCCCAGUGGAGCAGACUUUUUCUCAUCCCCGCCUCUCGUUCCUGAGCCGGCGAGUGAUGUCACUAUGGAGCCACUUCUACCCGAACCCAUGGCCCCCACGCACACGCCCCGUAGAGAAGAAGACAGUGAUGCCACUGAAUCUGCCGACAGCGAGAAUGAGGGCACAGAAUCCCCAUCACACCCGUCCAGCACAAGGCGGUCCUCAUCCUGCUCCAGUCACAGCGCUGAGGAUGCAGAGGAGACGGAGAUACGCGCAUUUAUGAAAACAUAUGUGGCAAAGCUCUUCCAUGGAGGUGAGGACUUUGAUCACGAGGAGAAGGCUCGCUUUGGAGAGCUCUGUACUGGAGACAAUGGGAAAGGCAGGGAAUGGUUCUCCAAAUACGUCAGUGCGCAACGCUGCCACUCCAAAUGUGUGAGCGAACAAACUUUCUACAGGCUGGUGCAGUCUUUCGCUGUUGUUUUAUUUGAAUGUCACCAGGUGGAUGACUAUUGCCCUGCCAAACACCUCAUGACCAUGUGCUUCACAUAUUACUACAUGGGUAAAUCGCAGCUGUCACCCACAGAGCUGCUGGAGAGGCCCAGCGGGGGGAUCGACUCGUACCUGCGCAGUGGAAAGGUCUGGCUCUCUGGGAAGAAGGAUAUUGCAGAGCGGAUGCUCAAAAACACCUCUGCUAAGACUGACGUUAAAGGGUUUUUUGGGGGUCUGGAGAGCAAACUGAGAGGACCCUUGGGCCGAAAGAAUGAAGACACAGACAGGCCUGCCGAACAGAAAGCUAAAACACCAGUUUCUCCCCCUCUGUCUCCGGACAGAAAAGAAGAGGAAAAGAUUUACCUGUACACACACCUCAAACAGCAGCCCAUUUGGCACACUUUGAGGUUUUGGAAUGCUGCAUUUUUCGAUGCCGUCCACAGUGAGAGGAACAAAAGAUCACCGACCACGAGAGAAAAGUGGUGUCAUAUGACCCAGGAGGAGAAAGACGAUAGCUCCAGAUUUAAUGAGAACAUCACCUUUGGCCAGCUUGGAACAUUCACUCAUAACAUGGUGGCUUUUGGGUUAAGCAAGAAACUCUGCAACGACUUCCUGAAGAAGCAGGCAGUCAUUGGAAAUCUGAAUGAAGAGCAAUACAAGCUGCUGUGUGACCACAUUGAGCAGAUGGCAGCAGAGUGAAUAUCCAAACUCUACUGUUCUCAUCAGUCCAGUAUUCCGCAAAUGCCAACACAGAUUUAUCCCUAUUACAACCCCAGAGUCCUACUAACGUCAAGUUCAGAACUGAUGCAAACAAAAUGGCUGGCACAGAUCAACCACAUCCCCUUAAUGCAUCAUUGUCUUCAGCAAAAAUGGUUGGUUUUGUCCAGAUUGGAUCAAUGUCAAACACUAUGCACAUAUUCGGCAACAGCAAUACAACAUACAGCCUUCAAGCAACAUAAAACACAAUUCCAUUAAUAAUUUAUAUGGAGUUUAUGUUGUGUGAGGUGAAUAUGAUGCAAAUCACACACUCGGACCAAUCCAUUAAAAAAAUUCCCUUAAUUUGGUCCAAAACUCUUCUUGCUACUUUUAUGUACAGAAUUCUAGUACUAAAAGUGUCCUUUACGCAAACACGUUGACAUAUAUAAUGAACAAAAAACAGUCUAAAAGUAUCAGUAUUUCAAUAUAUAGCAAUUUCAAGAAAAUCCUCUGAAAUAUAUUAAGGUUUCAUAAUCUAUCAGCUCUUCGAACGUCUCUACUGACCCAAUUCCAUGUCGUAAUUGUAUUUCUGGAUUUGUGUUUUUCCUGUAUGAAGUAAUAAUAGUGUUUGUGACAUCCUCAUACAUUAAAACCAGAACUAUGUCUAUUCCCCUGUUAAAAGUGCCUUUAGUCCUUUAUUAAGAAGUGAUUUUCCCAUUUUAAUGUGUGAGAAAACCUUUGUCAGCAUGCUGUCAUCCUCCCAUGACUCUCGGGGUUAGCGGUCAAAAGUUUGUGCCCCCCUGUUGAUUUGUUGUUUGGAUGUCGCUUAUGGUUCGUGUUCAGAAAUUGAUCAUGCUGCAGCUGUUUUGACGUUGUACAGUGUUGUGUCUUAAACGCAUGGUGUGCAUGCACAUUGUUUACCAUCAACUUACACUCUUGUGCAAUUACAUUUCAAGCCAAUAGAUGGCGACCAUAGCCCUCUGCUUCGUCUGUAGACCAGUGGAGGUGAAUGUCAACCACUGAGUGGGCUCUUUGAGAGUUUGUAUUGAAUCAAACGUCCUCCGUCUGAGGUAAAAGUUAAUAUAUUCGGUUUGUAAAUACAGAUGUUUUGUUCAGGAAGCGCGUGCUAAAUAUUGUUUGGUUGAGGGGAUCGUCAGAUUGUUGGGAAUUUAUUUAUUUGACGUCUGUUUGUGUUGUACAUGAGCGCAUGGUUGUAUCAGGAAUGUGCUGGAUAUGAUUUGGUUCGUCUAGUCUUUGCAUUUCAGAUGAUGAUGUUGAUAUUGUGCUGUCUGUAAAUGUGCAUUCAUCGUAAGCUCAGUGGUCUGCAUUGUAUUUUUUCCCAAGUGCCCUAAUAUUUCCUAUUGAAACGUACCUGGAAACCAGUGAGAGAGGUGUUGUCCUGUCUCUAAUGUGUAAAGUGUUUAUAAUAAAAAUAUAUAUAUAUACAAAUGUAA